UUCUUUGCCAGGUGAAGACCCACUCACACGCUGAAGAUGAGCUCUUCAAGACGCUGUUUUCUGGUUACAACAAGUGGUCCAGACCGGUGCCGAACAUCUCCGAUGUGGUCAUCGUCAAGUUCGGACUGUCCAUAGCCCAGCUCAUUGAUGUGGAUGAGAAGAACCAAAUGAUGACGACUAACGUAUGGCUUAAACAAGAGUGGAAUGACUACAAGCUCCGCUGGAGACCAUCUGAUUAUGACAACGUGACGUCCAUCAGAGUCCCAUCAGAGCUCAUAUGGGUACCAGACAUUGUGCUUUAUAACAAUGCUGACGGUGAGUUCGCUGUGACCCAUAUGACGAAGGCUCACCUUUUCUACACGGGCAAAGUCCGCUGGGUCCCGCCGGCCAUUUACAAGAGCUCCUGCAGCAUCGACGUCACCUUCUUCCCUUUCGAUCAGCAGAACUGCAAAAUGAAAUUUGGCUCCUGGACCUACGACAAGGCCAAGAUUGAUCUGGAGCGAAUCGAAAAUACGGUGGAUCUCAACAACUACUGGGAGAGUGGGGAAUGGGCCAUCAUCAACGCGGUGGGAACGUACAACACCAAGAAAUACGACUGCUGCCAUGAGAUCUACCCAGACAUCACCUACUUCUUCAUCAUUCGAAGGCUCCCUCUCUUUUACACGAUCAACCUCAUCAUCCCCUGCCUGCUAAUCUCCUGCCUCACCGUUCUGGUUUUCUAUCUGCCCUCAGAUUGUGGCGAGAAGAUCACGCUUUGUAUCUCCGUGCUGCUGUCCCUUACCGUCUUCCUUCUGCUCAUCACUGAGAUCAUCCCGUCCACAUCCCUCGUCAUCCCCCUCAUCGGCGAGUACCUCCUCUUCACGAUGAUUUUUGUCACUCUGUCCAUCGUCAUCACCGUGUUCGUGCUCAACGUGCACCACCGCUCCCCCAGCACGCAUAAGAUGCCCCGCUGGGUCCACUCCGUGUUCCUCGACUCGAUCCCGCGCUGGCUGUUCAUGCGCCGGCCCGCGCCCGACGGCCGGCGUCGCAGGCUGUUGCUCCUCCAGCAGGAGGCGGCGGAGGAGCGCCGGCUCCCGCGAACAGCCGGGUGCAAACCCGCCAACUGCAUCAGCACCUCGUCCACCUGGUUAAGAGACGGGAACGCGCUCGAAAACCCGGAGCGGAGCUGCUACGAGGAUUUGGAGCUCGGGACGCUGGCGACGUAUUUCUCCUUUCGCCCCCCGUCGCCGAGACCCUCGGGGUCGACGCCGACGUUGCAGCAAAAGCAAACCCAGAACCAACAAGAGGGGGCUGCGGGGUCCAACAGACAGUCCGCUGGAGGCAGAUUUAACUCGGCUCAGAGGUCGGCUAAAAGUGACAGUUCAGCCUCAGAGUCGUUCCAGCUUUCACCGAGUGUGAUGCGUGCUUUAGAAGGGGUUCACUACAUCGCAGACCACCUGAGAGCUGAGGAUGCUGACUUCAGUGUGAAAGAGGACUGGAAGUACGUUGCAAUGGUGAUUGACCGCAUCUUCCUUUGGAUGUUCAUCAUUGUGUGCCUGCUUGGGACUAUAGGCCUCUUCCUCCCUCCAUGGCUGGCUGGCAUGAUUUAAUUAUUUUGAAGUGUUUAAAAGUAAAAGGAGUUGGACUGCAACAGUGUUUGGAUAAAACAGUACCUCUGUGGCCUAAAACUUCUUUAUGUGUCAUUACCAACAUGAUAAACAGAACUAUGGUCCUUCAGAUUCUCACCUUUUUACUUUUUAGGUUUAUUUUCGAGGAUUGUUCUGUGCAGCUGAAAGAGCAGCUCUGUAAUCUCACAUGCAGUUUAGCACAUUGAGAUAUCCAGACUUGUUGCAGCUGUAUUCAGUGAAAGAUGCAUUUCACAUGUCCUGCUGCAGCUUCACAUAAAAGGCUCCUCAGCUGGUGUUUCAUCAGAAUGCUAGCAUUUGCUAGUUAGCAUUAUUAGAUGUUCACAAACUUUGGAGGAACUACAGUGUAUGAUAUGGUGUUAGCAUGCUAAUGUUUGGAAAUUUGGAAAAUAUUGUUUCCUGUAUCACAUCUCAUCUGACAAUAUUCACUUUACCAGUUUUCUUGUUAAUUUUUAGGAACAUGUGUGGGAAAAACCAUUAAUUGUACUGCAAGUUCAGGUCACAGUGUAUCAGUGUUUGACAGUGUAUUAGAAGGAUGUCAUUUAAUUUUACUGUUUCACUGAUUUUAACCUUGAAGCAGCUACGCUGAUAAAUCUGCAUUUACUGCUCUGUUUUGGGGGG